AUGAGACCUAUCUGAGGAUUGUAUUUGCUUUAAAAUAGGUAUAUAUGGGCAGAUGGCUUCACAAACCAUUGAUCGGCGCCCCAAACCACUCUUUCGCGCGCUAAAUCGCCUUGAGCAAACUUUAAAUAUUGCUUUUGAUUCGGAGUUGAAAAUACAGCGUCGAGCUAGGUUAAUUGCUCUUGUGGUUCUUGUUUCUAGCGUUGCUUCUUUGGUCCACGUCAUCCGUAGUCUUAUACAUGGGUUAGAAAAACACCGUGAGGUAGCUAAAGAAUCGUGGACUGUGCGUUACGUUCCUACUGUUUGUUUUGCUGCUUUCCUCUAUUUCUUCAAAAGUACUUCAUUUCGAAGAAGUCUAUUUUGUUCUACCAUAUAUUUAGAGCGUCUUAAUUUUUCUUUAUUAGAUUUCAACCUUAGAUUCUGCAGCAAGAGCAAACGAUUGGAAUUUAUUCAGUGAAUUGUAUACAGCUCACAUUUGGAACGUACAACAUUGCCAGCUGACCAAAAAUCGGUCGCUUAGUAAUUAUUGUGCUUCGUAUAAUCGUG